GAUGUAAAAGCGCCAAUACAAAACGAUGCUAGUCGGGAGUUGGUAUGGUUUGAGUUGUGGCUUGUGAUCUGUUCCAUAAAAUCUCCAACGGAUUUCGUCGCAACAAUCCUGGUGUAUUAGAGUCCGCCCCAGGUUGCGCAAGGCGCGGCCGCCGCCACGCCGACGAUGUCCUUCGGCGGAGAAGAUGAUCACGUCGAUGAUAGUCUUACCAUCGACGAGGCCACCAUCGACCACAACGCGCUCGCCUCGCAUCUUCAAAUCGAUGUUAUCGAUGAGGCGCAAGAGGUGGAUGAGCAGGAGGGUGGUGAUGGUGAGUGCCUCCAGUUAAGUGAUUUGCAAUUUGAAGACCGUCCCGCAGAGGUUUCAGAUGUAAUUACACUGGAGGCAUUGUCGGCGGGAGAUGCCGACGACGUGGAGAUCGAGAUGGAGAUGGAGGAGGAAAAGCCCAAGACAGUCACAAUACCACCCCUGAGGCCACUCACAAUUGCACCCAAACCAGCAAAACUACCAGUUUCUUUUAAACCUGUUGCCGGCCAACAAUUACUAUUACUUCAAGGUUCUGGGGCUGGAUCACAAAUCAAAUUAAUAAAUCCCGGCCAGGGGUUGACACUCUCAAACUUGAGCAUUUCAAAAUCACUCACGAUUAAGCAACCGCCGAAAAGUACACCAGCACCAAGUACAAUCUCACUGGUAUCGCCCAAAAAGGUGGUCGUUAAGAAGGUUGCGCCCAAAUCAAUAACAAGAGCAUACGAUCCAAAAACAGGUCAACAAAUAAUGGUGCUGCAGAAAACGGACGCCAACCUGAAGCUGCUGCCGACCACCUCACAACCCAAGACGAUCACCUUCAGCGAAGCACAACAGUUGGGCAUCAUUCGAACGAAGACCACCAUGGCCAGUACUGCGAAGCAAAUCGUGGUCAGCAAAGGUAACCAGCCGAAAGCGAUUAAAAUCGUUCCGCAGCUGCGCUCCCCGACGAAAAUCCUACCGGCGCCGAAAAUGGCCCCCACGACAACCACGAAUGCGACGUCUACGACUUUCACAACGAAAGUACAGCCUUCACGGAUAUACCUGAAACAAACGAAUAUUGCACCAUCGGGUGCACAUAUAGUACCCGGCCAGCUAAUCCAGGUACCCAGCGGGCAAACAACACAAUUUCAUCCGAUCAACAUCCCCGGUAAAGGUCUGCAGUUCAUCAAGUUUAUCACCAGCUCACAGUCGAUCGAUGAUCAAACAACGACAUCGCCCACAUCAACCGUAACAAAAGUAACCACAACUAAAUUAACGCCGGCGUCGCCGCCGCCAAAACAAAUUAUAAAAGUGACGAAAUCUCUAGGCGCGCCUGUUUCGAAGACAUUCAGCAGCGGCUCACCCGUUGUUAUGAGCAGAUUAUCACUCUCGCCGACAAAGCAGAUAACUACCGCGAGAAAUAUCCAGAAAAACUCGUCCGGAGAUGCGGUCGUGCCGAAAAUCGCAUCGCCCGAUCUAACAAUGGAAUCGAACGGGAUCAAAACACGCAAGCCAUGCAAUUGCGCCAAAUCACAGUGCCUCAAACUAUACUGUGAUUGCUUCGCGAAUGGCGAAUUCUGCUUCAUGUGUAACUGCAUGAAUUGUUACAAUAACAUCGAGAACGAAGAGCAGCGUCAACGCGCGAUUAAAAACUGCCUCGAGCGCAACCCGAACGCCUUUCGACCGAAAAUCGGCAAAGGCAAGGAUACAGGCGAGGCGACGAUUAGGAAACACACGAAGGGAUGCAAUUGUAAAAGAUCUGGUUGUUUAAAGAAUUACUGCGAAUGCUACGAGGCGAAAAUCGCCUGCUCGAGCAACUGUAAAUGCAUGGGAUGUAUGAAUGUGGAAAGCGCGCCGCUGACAAUCGCCGGCAGUCUCGAAGUAGCCACGAGGAAUUCAAUGCUCACGGAAAGCAACGUCAGUCCGCAAUCAGCCAAGAAGAGUCCGGUUGACACGAAGAAGAAAUCGAUCUCAAGGCAACCAUCAAAUUACAUCAAUGGGGCUGUAAUCGAAGCGACCAGUCACUGUCUUGUCACAAUCGCAAAGAACGCCGAGGAGACGGCGCAAGCCGAAGAGGCAACCAAGAAGGAGAUCAUCGAGGAAUUCGGUAGGUGCCUGAAGCAGAUCAUUGACUGCUCAUUGGGUAAAAGCUCGAGCUAAGCGUAUAAUAAUAACCUCUUCUAAGUUUACAUACAAAUAGGAAAAGCAACAUUAGUUUUAAGCCACUAUUCAAAUCAUGCAAAUACGAUUUAUAUACAUGUAUAGAGCUAGUUCUAAGUUAAAUUUUAGCAACAACCAACUAUUAUGAUUGAUUAGCAACAUAUUAUCAAGGUAUUUUUGCACGCCGUAUGGGCGUUUUUAAACAAUUGAUAGUUUUUAUAUUUUCAUGAAUUUGUCAAUUUGUUUUAUGAUCUUGUUAGUUUAAUUGCGACAAAAAAUUUACCGAAUAUACACACUUUAGUGUCAAAUUAAGUUAAUUAAGUAAUCGAUUGUGUAUAGAUACAUAUAUGUUAUUUUAUUGUUUAGAUUAUAUCAUGAUUUGAAUUGAUUUCUUUCAUAUUAAGUAAACUCCAAAAUUGAUUAAUGCAUGUUUUGUUUAAAUAAUGUAUAAAAAGAGUACAGUUGGAGUUCGAAUUGAUUUGUACACUUAAAUAAGUCAAAUGUUGAUAUAUUUUCAUGCCUAUUGUAAAGUAAACAGUUCAAGUAAUCGAUAAAAUAUGAAAAUAAAUGAAUAUACCUAGGA